GGCUAGCGAGAGGGAGCUUCCCAUUUGCCAUUCAGUGUCUUUGAGCCGAGGCAGCCAAAGGGGCGGCGGGAGCUCCCGCACCAGACUCUCCCAGACAGAAAGGGGGCGAGACAACUGCGGAAUUCACCCGCCGUGCCAGGGCACUUCCGAGGCAACAACCGACUGGCACUUUUUCUCCCCUUGGCAAACUGGAUUUCUUUUUUUUUUUUUUUUAAGCUACUUGGCAGCUGUAUCUGACUCCACCUCCCCUAACACCCCCCUCCCCGGUGCCUUUUCCUUUUUCUUCAGAAAUCCGGACAGAAUUGGGCAUCUUUGUUAAUUGCCGUUGGGGGAGCCUGGCCGGGGGCUUUCGCCAGGCCAACGUCGCCUGCGCGCCGAGCCUGGUUUGCUCACCUUUGAACUGCAAAGGGAUCAAGUUCAGCUCGAGUUGCCAGCAUUGGGACUUGGAGGAAGGAGAGGGAGCGUACUAGAGAGAGUGGGAGAAGGGGAAAGGGGAAAGGAGAGGAGGGAGGAGAGAGGAGGAGGAGAGAGAGGAUAGAGGGAGGGAGGGGAGGGAUCGAGAGAGAGGGAGAGGGAGAGAGAGAGAGCGCGCGCGGGGAGAGAGAGAGGCUGCAAUCUCCUCCCUGAAUCGCGCACAGCGCUGCAGAUCCCAGUGCUCUGACAUGCGGGCCGAAUGCAGGUGAGGAAAGGCACGGACUCUACGGCUGCGAACCCAAACUUGGGCACCGCGAAGUGCGCACGGCUCAGGCUUCACCCCGCGGGCGAACGGCUGCUGCGGUUUCAGGCGGCGGCUUCGUGACUAAUGACCUUGCGCAGAGUUGUUAAGAAAAAAGAGAAACCCGAGCUCUCGGGAGUGAAGGGACUGACUCUCCGGGCAUCUCUGAAGAUGGCUCGGGCUGCUCUUCCGCACACGGGGGGGACCCAGACGCGGACCGCUGUGUGACGCGAGUGGUCUCCACUGCACGGUGCCCGAAGCGACCUGCCGGGAUUUUUCAUUCUUGAUCCGUUGCCUGGCUCCUCCGCUGCCUGAGCGGAGUCGGAGUUGAGACUGGCUUGUUGCUGACCCUAGCGCCUCGUGCAGGAAGCGACUCACGUUUGCCUGGGCAGCCGGAGCAGAAGCUGGGUCUGGAGUGAGUGGCUGAAACGUGAAUUGGACUCAACUCGAGUAGCAUCAAAGACCAGCGGGGUUGGCAGGCGGGGUGAGCUGCAGGCUCGCUCCCCUCCGCUUCCCGGCUCCACCGCCCGCCUCCCGGAGCGGUUCCGGCCCCAUCCGACAGAGCGGGGACAGUAGCUCGGGAUCCUCCGCCCGCUGCGGGAAUGACUCUGGGGGGGCGCCGAGUCCGCGGCGCGCAGUGUCCCGUGAACUGUGAGUACUGCGACUGAACGGCGGCCGGCAAGUGGGCGAUUAGUACCCAUUGCAUGAAUUAUGAAACAAUAACUUUCGGAAGAAGCAGGAGGAAAAAAAAAGAAGGAUCUAUCGCUGGUCCCCCCUGGCUGACUCUGGACGUUGCUCUUGCCCCCUCCCUCCUCUUCCUCUCGCUUCUUCCCUUCCCGGAGAGGAGAGAGGACUGGGAGGAGGGCAGGCGACCGGCCCCGGAGGAAGGGGGCGCCGAGGGGGCCUUGAUUAGAAGGAGCAGUAGCAACAGCAGCAGGAGAAGAUGCUGAGGAUGCGGACCACGGGAUGGGCGCGCGCCUGGUGCCUGGGCUGCUGUCUCCUCCUGCCGCUCUCACUCAGCCUGGCGGCCGCCAAACAACUCCUCCGGUACCGACUGGCCGAGGAGGGCCCAGCAGACGUCCGCAUCGGCAACGUCGCCUCGGACUUGGGCAUCGUGACCGGCUCCGGUGAGGUGACUUUCAGCCUCGAGUCGGGCUCAGAGUACCUGAAGAUCGACAACCUCACCGGCGAGCUGAGUACGAGCGAACGGCGCAUCGACCGCGAGAAGCUGCCCCAGUGUCAGAUGAUCUUCGACGAGAACGAGUGCUUCCUGGACUUCGAGGUGUCGGUGAUCGGGCCCUCGCAGAGCUGGGUGGACCUGUUCGAGGGUCGGGUCAUCGUGCUCGACAUCAACGACAACACGCCCACCUUCCCGUCGCCCGUGCUUACGCUCACGGUGGAGGAGAACCGGCCCGUGGGCACUCUCUACCUGCUACCCACCGCCACCGACCGUGACUUCGGUCGCAACGGCAUCGACCGCUACGAGCUGCUCCAGGAGCCCGGGGGCGGCGGCGGCGGCGGCGAGGGCCGGCGCGCCGGGCCUGCCGACAGCGCCCCCUACCCCGGGGGCGGCGGGAACGGCGCGACCGGCGGCGGCGGCUCGGGUGGCUCCAAGAGGCGGCUGGACGCGCCGGAGGGUGGCAGCGGGACCAACCCGGGAGGCCGCAGCAGCGUGUUCGAGCUGCAGGUGGCCGACACCCCGGAUGGCGAGAAGCAGCCGCAGUUGAUCGUGAAGGGGGCGCUGGACCGCGAACAGCGCGACUCCUACGAGUUGACCCUACGGGUGCGCGACGGUGGCGACCCGCCCCGCUCCUCUCAGGCCAUCCUGCGGGUGCUCAUCACUGACGUGAAUGACAACAGCCCCCGCUUCGAGAAGAGCGUGUACGAGGCUGACCUGGCCGAGAACAGCGCCCCAGGGACCCCCAUCCUGCAGCUGCGCGCCGCCGACCUGGACGUGGGGGUCAACGGGCAGAUUGAGUAUGUGUUUGGGGCGGCUACUGAGUCCGUGAGGCGGCUGCUGCGCCUCGACGAGACGUCCGGCUGGCUCAGUGUCCUGCAUCGUAUCGACCGCGAGGAGGUGAACCAGCUGCGCUUCACUGUCAUGGCCCGCGAUCGCGGGCAGCCCCCCAAGACCGACAAAGCCACGGUGGUCCUCAAUAUCAAGGACGAGAACGACAAUGUGCCGUCCAUUGAAAUCCGCAAGAUCGGGCGUAUCCCACUCAAGGACGGGGUGGCCAACGUGGCCGAGGACGUUCUGGUCGACACCCCCAUCGCCCUGGUGCAGGUGUCUGACCGAGACCAAGGCGAGAACGGAGUGGUCACCUGUACCGUGGUGGGCGACGUGCCCUUCCAACUCAAACCGGCCAGCGACACAGAGGGCGAUCAGAACAAGAAAAAGUACUUUCUGCACACGUCUGCCCCUUUGGACUAUGAGACCACUCGGGAGUUCAACGUGGUCAUAGUGGCGGUGGACUCGGGCAGCCCUAGCCUCUCCAGCAACAACUCCCUGAUUGUCAAGGUGGGAGACACUAAUGACAACCCUCCCGUCUUCGGCCAGUCGGUGGUGGAGGUUUACUUUCCCGAGAACAACAUCCCUGGUGAGAGGGUAGCCACGGUGCUGGCGACAGACGCCGACAGCGGGAAAAACGCUGAGAUCGCCUACUCUCUGGACUCUUCCGUCAUGGGGAUCUUUGCCAUAGAUCCCGAUUCCGGGGACAUCCUCGUCAAUACGGUGCUGGACCGUGAGCAGACUGACAGGUAUGAGUUUAAAGUUAACGCCAAAGACAAAGGCAUCCCGGUGCUGCAGGGCAGCACCACUGUGAUUGUGCAGGUGGCUGACAAGAAUGACAAUGACCCUAAGUUUAUGCAGGACGUCUUUACCUUUUAUGUGAAAGAAAACUUGCAGCCCAACAGCCCCGUGGGAAUGGUCACAGUGAUGGAUGCUGACAAGGGGCGCAAUGCGGAGAUGAGCCUGUACAUAGAGGAGAACAGUAACAUUUUUUCCAUUGAAAAUGACACAGGGACCAUUUACUCCACCAUGUCUUUUGACCGGGAACAUCAGACCACAUACACAUUCAGAGUCAAGGCUGUGGAUGGGGGAGAUCCUCCCAGAUCUGCAACAGCCACAGUCUCUCUCUUUGUGAUGGAUGAGAAUGACAACGCUCCCACCGUUACCCUUCCCAGAAACAUUUCCUACACUUUACUGCCACCUUCAAGUAAUGUCAGAACAGUGGUAGCUACAGUGUUGGCAACAGACAGUGAUGAUGGCAUCAAUGCAGACCUUAACUACAGCAUUGUGGGAGGGAAUCCCUUCAAGCUGUUUGAGAUUGAUUCCACCAGUGGUGUGGUUUCCUUAGUGGGAAAACUCACCCAAAAGCAUUAUGGCUUGCACAGGUUGGUAGUGCAAGUGAAUGACAGUGGGCAGCCUUCCCAGUCCACGACGACUCUGGUGCAUGUGUUUGUCAAUGAAAGUGUUUCUAAUGCAACUGUGAUUGACUCCCAGAUAGCCAGAAGUUUGCACACCCCACUUACCCAGGAUAUAGCUGGUGACCCAAGCUAUGAAAUUAGCAAACAGAGACUCAGUAUUGUGAUUGGGGUGGUUGCUGGAAUUAUGACAGUGAUUCUAAUCAUCUUAAUUGUAGUGAUGGCAAGAUACUGCCGUUCCAAAAAUAAAAAUGGCUAUGAAGCUGGCAAAAAAGAUCAUGAAGACUUUUUUACACCCCAACAGCAUGACAAAUCUAAAAAGCCUAAAAAGGACAAGAAAAACAAAAAAUCUAAGCAGCCUCUCUACAGCAGCAUUGUCACUGUAGAAGCUUCUAAACCAAAUGGACAGAGGUAUGAUAGUGUCAAUGAGAAGCUGUCAGACAGCCCAAGCAUGGGCCGAUACCGAUCAGUUAACGGCGGGCCCGGCAGUCCUGACCUGGCCAGGCAUUACAAAUCUAGUUCCCCAUUGCCAACUGUCCAGCUUCACCCCCAAUCACCAACUGCAGGAAAAAAACACCAGGCCGUACAAGAUCUACCACCAGCUAACACAUUUGUGGGAGCAGGAGACAACAUUUCAAUUGGAUCAGAUCACUGCUCUGAGUACAGCUGUCAAACCAAUAACAAGUACAGCAAACAGAUGCGUCCACUUCCAUACAUUACUGUGUUUGGCUGAAUUCCACUCUAAUAUGAUGCUCCAUUAUGCACCAUACUCUGAUGACCUUGCUACUUCGCAACCUGCUGGAGCCUGCCCUUGGCCGUGGGGUGUCAGCCAAUCACUGCUUGUUCCACUUGUGCAUUUGAUUUUCAAGGUUUUUUUUUUUUUUUCUUUUCGUCUCAUUUAAGGAAAAAUAGUAUUGAAAUAAAUAAACCUAUAAAAAAAGUAUUAAUAAAGAAAUGUGUUACUAAUGGGUGUCAAAGUCACCAGGAAUUCCAUUCUCAAAGAGGUAGUUAGCAGAAUUUAAUAGUAAAGUCUUAAAAAAAAAAACAAAAAAACCCAAAAGCCUAUUUCAACAAUGAUUUGAAGACUCUGGCUUUGGGUGAACCGAGGAAAAUUUAGUCUAUUAAGUCUUUGUCUAUAAUACAUUAAAUAAUGACUUUGAAUAAAAUCCUAAAUUGAUCAAUAGUUUUAACUUGUUAUGUAAUCACAGUCUUUUCCAGACCAGUGAGAUAGUUGUGAGAGUAAAGGACGGUGUCUCUUGCUCAUUGUGUGUGUCUUUCUAAAUGCCACUGUGUGUGUUUGCGUGUCCUCCCACACAUGUGUAUGCAAAGACUUUGAGCAACAUUUAUAAAUUAUAUUGUUUAUAAAGACAUAUUCAAGAGAUUUAUUUUGUAUUUAUCACAGCCUCUGCCAAAGGUUGAUUUUUCCUUAAUCAAGAAAUACUGAACAAAAUAUCUGUAGACUUUCCAAGGGAUUGUUUGUUUGUUUUUUAAAUUCCUUAAGAAAAUUUAGAAACUUUCAGUUAGAUUCACUGAAGUCACUGUGGUCAUAUUCAGAAGGAAUAUGUUUUUGUGGACUACAUUCAUCUGAAGGCUAUUCUAUUUAAUGUCAGAGAACAUAAAUGCAAGAGGCUUCUGAGAAUUCAGCAUGUGACAUACUGAGAAAGCAAGUAGCCGGAUUUUAGUUGUGUAAGUAGCGAUUUGCUAGGUAAGUCAGGGAAUUCUCUGUAUGGUCCCUCUAACUCUCUCUGUUUGUAUAUUUGUGUUUCUGUUUGUUAUGUUGUAUGUGUUUACGUGCCUAAAAAUAAGUGUUCCACUUGUAAACUUUGAUAAUUGUAUAAUAUAUUUAUCAUAUCAUCUGCCCAAUUAAAGUUUUUCCCCAAGUUUUGAAAUACUGACCAAGAAUGCCAGAUUCUUGAGAAAAUUUUGGUGAAUUAUUGUUAACAGAAAAGCACUUUCAGAAAAAUAAAUAAAUAUUGGAACAACAUUAAAAUACGGAGUGACAGGAAAGGCACGCGAACCCAUGAACAUCACUAAUGCAUGCAUUUCAGACCUUUUAUUUUAUUAGCCAUUGAUUUAAUUCUGCAAAAAGGAAAUUUUCAGAAGUAUCACUGAGACUAUAGUGAAAUUCCUGAAUAAAACCUAAUGAUCAUCAACCUCUCAUUUCGUUUUGAGCACAAGGACCAGUGUGAGAAACUGGUGAAGAGAAUUCUUACUGCUUUUAGCUUCUUGGAAAUGUCAUGUUUCCUCAUUUUAACUAGUAAACUUCUUCAGAUAUGCUGAAAGUGUAAAUCCUCUAACAAAUCACGUCAACUCCAAAACAAAUUAUAGACCAAAAAAAAGGCCAGAAUUUUGGGGAUAACCUAAAAUGUGUAAUCACAUGGAGGGGUAUUUAUGAAUAUCUUCACAAAGAAGAACAUUAUAAGGCAGAAUUAUGCAAACUUGGUUUGCAACACACUAUUGGGACAUGAGUCAAUUUGUGAAUUUCUACCACAAUUAGAAAGAUACAAAAUAAAGCCAAAAAUUUUCAAGGAUUCCAUCCAUAUAGUAAGAGUAAAUAUUGUCUUGGGAGAUCUUUAUUUCAGUUGUGUUUGUAUGCCUGUGUGUCUUCGGCUUUUGGUUGCUUCGUAAAAAAUGUGUCUUAUUGUGGAAGCAGCUGAAAAGUAUUGCGAACCACCACUCUAGACUGUUUGGGGUGGGAAACAAUGGCUAUUUACAGUUAUGAUUGGAAAAACAUAAUAAAUCAAAACAAAAGAAUUACUAACGCUCCCCAGAAUGUUAGUGUGUUAUUAAGCUGAAUCAGAACAAUCAACAGCAGUGAGCUUUUGAGAAGUCCAUUAUCAUCCUCCUUUUUUUUUUUUUUAAUAUCUGAAGAUGUCGCCCUUGGUUCCUAUCCGUGCACAGACAUUUCUCCCCCAAACCCCUGCUCCCAGUUGUCAUCCCCACCUCAGGUCUCCUGACCAGGCUCCUUUUCAGUUACUGGAAUUUACCAUUUAGGGUGGUGCCUGCGGACAGGUGGAGGCAGACUCAGAGCCAACCAUCCAAUACCCUGUAUAUUUUAGCAUUUGGACAUUUUCUUUUAAACGUCAGGACAAUACUUCAUUGUACUCUAUAAACUCUAAAGAGAAAUAUGAGCAUGUUAGAGACUAGUUUAAAUAAAGUUUAUUUCUUUUAACACAUCUCAUAUCAGCUGGUACUGGGUAUGAAAAGAAAAAUGAGAUUGAGUCUUUGUCCUCAUGGAAUUAAUAUAUUAAAGAAGAUUACAGAGCAGAAAAACGAUAGAUAAUAUUGGCAUUAUGCUUCUUCAGUUUCAAAGCAUUGAAUGCAUGUUUGCUCCUCAGAACAGUCUGCAAGGAAAAGCACCAUUUCUGAGACAAGGGAGCUGAGGUAAUGAACAGCUUUUUCAUGGCUCUGGUGGAACUGGCUAAGAACUAUCAGGUCUUUGAAGAAAUAAACCAAAUUCAAAAGUACUGACAGCAUUUAGGGGAGGUGGUGACAUUUGUACUUCUGACUACAGUGUAUUUUCAGACUUACCUGGGUAAAAUCUUUGCAAAAGAAUUAGAAUGGGACUCAUUUUUCAAACUUCUUUUGGUCACAAACUGCACUUUCUAUUACAAAAAAAAAGUGCUGUGGGUAUAAUUUAGAGAUUGAAUUAAUUCACCCAAUUUGUAAACAAUAGCCUCAUAUGUGAUUAAAAACAAACAAGGCAACCUCAAGAAUUAGGUAAAUCACUCUAAUCCUAACUUUACUUCUGAGGCUCUCUCUAGAAAAGCUAUCGAGGUCCUUCAGAAGUAAUUCCAUGUUUGAAAUAGCUACCUGGGAAUAAUUUCUAUCUAUAACUUUGCAAAACACUUUUCUUGGAUGUGUAUGAUUUUUUUUAAUUCAUUUACUUUAUAAAGAAUAGAUUGGCUAUGUCUUUAGUAUACAGUACAAGGCUUUGUAAUUAAAAUGAUGGCUAAAACAGGGCCCUUAUCUUCAGCGCAAAAAUAAUAUAUACAAGGUAAGGGAUACGUGAAGUUCAGGGGAACUAUCCCCAAGUUUAUCUUGUCCAUCAUGCGAUCAGUGCCUACUACAGUGUCCCGCGUACCAGAGACACUCCUAAAUAUUUGUUGAACAGAUGACUGAACAAAAGGCCUGGGCCUUGGUGCUAGGUAGCCUGAGAAAUCCACCCACGUUGGAUCACUGAACUGCGCUGUGGCCACUUUUCUAUCCAUCUCUGAGAACAUCCUAAUUGUUAUUUUCUUUCCCUGCUGGGUGGAUGUCUCCAUGAUAAAAGGCUACCUGCUGGGUUGGCUAGAGCCUCUGCCUUCUCUGCGGGGUGUGUGACUCUUGUUUUGGUACCAAAUGAGCAAUUGUCUGAUUUCCCCUCUUUACUUCCUCUGGGUGGUGGUAUACACACCAAACCCUUAAAAAAGAUAAAGUAAACUAAAGCAAACAUGUAAGGAGGCACUGGUCACACAGUAGAUGUGUGAUAUAUUUGAGGGGCUUUGAAAAAAGCGUGCAAAUAUAUGGGUUUUCAGGAUUUUUCUGGCACUCCAUUUUUAGGAGAAAAACAGAUACAUGUGUCCCCAAACACACGCAUGAGUCUCCGUUUUGUCAACGUGUAUCUUCCCGCAGGUAGUAGUAUUUCGCUGUGCCAACCCACGCUCACUCGUAACACAUGUUUUCCCCCCGUUUCCAUUCUCACUGCCCCUGGGGAGCGGUCAUCUUUAAAGGUGAGAGUCCAGCACAUCUGUAAAGAGAAACAUGUACUUGGCGUACUCAGGAGAGAGGUCUAGAAGAGGGAGUGUGCCCUGACUGGGGAGUGAUGAGCAGUGAGGUGGGAGCUGAGAAAUGCAACUCGAAAGCACGCCUUCCAAGCCCCAAAUUCUAAGGAGCACCUUUUUUUAAAUAGCAAAUGACCUCCGGAGGAGUUGGUUCAGUCUUUGGCACACCUGGGUGUAAACCGCUGUAAGCAGAUAACUAGGUCGGCACCUCACAAAGACCAGUAGUUCUUAAGAAAUACAGAUUUGAUGAGGGCCUUAAGGAAGGGUGGUCAACUUUCAGUAGUUUAGAAGACCGAGAACUCUGUUAAGGCAAGGAGUGGCUCGAACUCCAGCUGGGAGUCAGGAGGUAAGGUGAGAUUAUAACUAAAUAAAUAAACAAAUAAAUAAAGGGGGGGGGGACGGGACUCAGUCCUGACAAAAGCCAAUGUUUGUGGCCUUGAAUUUUGACCCGGGGCCCUGGUGACCGAAGGAUGACACUAAACGUCAAGGCUUCAUGUGAUUGCAAGAUUUAGUGUCAAAAAGCAGUGGAUGUUUACUUUCUCCCAUUUCUGCCAGGUGUUCUGUUUGGGUUUGGUUUUUGUUUUCAGCCUGGAAUGUAUGUCCACCUGCUCUGUCUUCAUUCAUUUUCUACCCCUGUAUUUUUGACAGAAAGAACAGAGAAGGAAAAUAGAAGGGAAAAAAAAACACAAACUGCAUGGCAAUAGACUCCCUUUCUCUCUACUAUUAUUAUUAGACUGCUGGAAUCAAAGCUGUUGCCACAUUACUGCCGUGGAGCUGUUUCUUAUCCUAAUUUACUUUGUUCUCAGAAAUUGAGUUCUAGUAGGUCUGUACUGUAUCCCAGAAACCUGCAUUUUUGACAUUUUCACUUUCUCAAUUCUGAUUGCAGAGGGUAGGUCAGGCUACAAAAAACGUGAGGUUUAGAGCCCCUGAAAUCCCUAACUUCUGCUUCCUGGCUCACUCUUCGACAGCCUCUGGGAAGUAGGAAACUAAAGCUGGAUGAGGUAACAGGAAAGUCUGCCUUCUUGUCCUGGCUCUGUCACUGACUGGCCAGUGUGACCUUAUGUAAGUCCUCUGAAGUCCCCAAGCCUCUCAAACUCAUCCUCUGUCAUUUUACAUAAUAACCGCUGCUCUGAUUACAUGACAGGGUUCAUGAGAGCCACAUAAAACGUGUGGGGCUUGUGAAAACGCUACCGCAACUUAAGAUAAUAUUUCUAGUUAUCAAGAAAUUUCUCUAAGCCCUUCUUAAAGUGCAUUUACACUUUUGGGGUAUUUUCACUAUGAUGUUAAAAAGUUAUUUUGGUUUUGGUUUUGGUUUGUUUGGUCACAAUGUACUUGUUUGGAGCCCUGACGUUCUCUAAUCCUGGCUGAUUUCUUCAUGGUUACGCUGAUCCUGCUCAAGGUGCAGCCAGUGCGUGUGCCUCUCUGUCUGCCAGAAGGCACUGGGUUUGGUCACAAAUCAUUUCAGUGCCUGUGGCAUCUCGACGGUGAAAGAGAAGCAAUAGCUUGUUGCUGUAAAACAAAGAGUUUAGGAAAGGCUCACAAUAGUUUGUAUCCAUUUUGAUACUUAAAAUUUUUUUUCACUACUUUUUAAGAGUGCUUUAUUCUUCUGCGCAUUAUCUCCUGGGAGGUUUUCUUUCACUCCUCAUGCCAGCCUGUAACGUUAAGAGCUGUCAUUUAUUUGAGCUCUAAGUCUGUGCGGUCACUCUGCCACGGGGUCUGUCACACGCAUGCAUUUCCUCCUCCUAACGACUCCAGGAGGCGGGGCCGGCUCUUUUCUCCAUGUGACAUAUGUAACUGGGAAAAAAACAAACAGAAGCUCUUAGGUCCCUUCUUCUCUACCUAAAACAGGGGGCCUUAAUUUACCUGCAGUCAACUUUCCUCCAACCUAUUUCUCUCUUUGAAUUUGAGAAUUAUUAUUAGCAUAAUAGUCCUGAUCAAUGUUUGUAUUAUGCACAGAUUUACGUAUUCAUAUAUUUAGGCGUUUGUACGCAGUUUGCUCUAGUGCACAAUCCCUGCUAUGUCUCCUGAGCAGGCUGAGAAGAGAGUCUGUGAUAGUCACAAGGACUGUGGUAACAAAAUACCAAAAUACUGUGUGGCUUAAACAAUAGAAAUUUCUUUUUUUCACAGGUCUGGAGGCUAGAAGUCUCAGAUCAAGGUGCCAGCACAUUUGCAGAGAGAGAGAGCUCUGAUGUCCCUUUCUCUUCUUCUAAGGACACCAGUGCUAUCAGAUUAGGGCCCUACCCUCUGAUACCAUCUAACCAUAAUUAGCCCCAUAAAGACUCUAACUCCAAGUAAGUCACUUUGGAGUUUGGGGCUUCAACAAGUGAAUUCCCAGGAGAUACAGUUCAUUCCGUAACAGAAUCCUUUCUUGGUCCGAGCAAGAACUUGUUGGACCAGAUCAUCAUUUCUUCAUGAGUUUGUCAUUUACCACAUACGGUCUGUACUUUCAUAGGAAGGAAGGUACACUUCCCAUUUUAUGAGGACCUUUUCAACCCUUUUCAGAUCAGCCUCAAAAGACGUGCAGCCAGAUAGAUGUGUUUUGGCAUUGAUGGAAAAUUGGUACAAUAGCUAUAGCUUUUGUGAAAUAAUAUGAAUCUAUAACAUGUAGGCAUGUGCAUAAAAUUUGAAAUUCAUGUUUUAGCUUAUGUGUAACAUUUUAUGCACAUCAUUGAAUGCUUUCUACAGUUUUCAGCUUUCACAGGGAUGUGUGACAUUAAAUAACAUCUUAAUUAUUUUAAUUUUGCCAACUGAUAAGUUCAUGUAGGUAUAUUAAUUAAUAUAAAAUCAAUAUUUGUAUAAAAGAGUCCAAAAAUUGUUCCACAAAUGUAACAGAGUUCUUUUUAAAUGAUGAUGUUUAUAUUUAGUUUUAAAUGUCUGGUAUAUUUUCAGCAUUAAAGUCCGAAUGAAAAGCAGUAGGAGUUGAGUGGGGAGGGAAUCAGUUGAAACAGUAAUAAGGUAGGCUUAAUAAUCCCUCUUUUCAAAGGACAGUCUCAGUGGAUUUGCAGGCAUAGUGGCAUAAUUGGUCUGACAACAAUCCAGUGGGUAUGACUUCUCAUGGCAUAUGGAAACUGCCAAGCAUGUAACCGAGGCUAGUCCCACGCUCUGAGUGACUCUCCACCAGCUAUUAUUAUGUGUGCAUGCAACACUUUGCAUCAUGACGCAAACCCAUGGACACAUCAAGGGUUUUUUUUUUUUACACUGUGCCUUUUAAUUUUCUUAGUUAAAAAUUCAUGUGAUGAAAUACAUAAUGAGUAGCCUGGGAACUAUAUAUGCAUAAAGCAAUGAUUUUUUUAGGGGGAUAAUACAUCAACAUCAGGAGGAGGGACUCCUUUUCUGUCCUUUGGUCAGAAUUUCUAACGUCUGAACAGACCUUUCCUAAGAACUACCUUUCUGAGCUUCCUGAGCUAAUUUUACAUUUGACCCCCUAUAUUAAAAAUGGCAAGUUAAUCAGUUCUUUUGUUCAGGGAAAUGGCAAUAAUUAUGGCAUAAAUUUAAAGGAUUUUUUAAAAACUGCAUCUAAAUUCUAAAUCUGCUUUUCAGUGUAUUUAACUAUUGAGCACAAGGACCAAUUUUAGAUACAGAGAUGGCAUUUCCUUUGGGCGUUAGGAACAAAAGAUGGUGAUGCCUAUUUUUUCCAAACCAAUGCACAU